AUGGCAUCUCCUUCAACAACGCCCUCAUCUCAACAUGCCCAACAGCCUACGGUGACGCUGGAUCAGAUUACUUCCAGCUCUGGCGAAAACAAAGAAAUGUCACAUGAAACUGGGCAAGGUGCAAGCCAACAGCCAGCAACGACACACAUGAGUCUCCCAAUCGAUGAUGGCGAAUUCGCAACCACAACAACAUCUGCCGCUCCGCCUCAGCAAUCAGUCACCGAAGACGAUGCAGACGACACAUACCCCGAACUGGAGGAGCAGAUGACGCUCCAACCUCCAUCGGACUUCAAACCAUUUUUCACGCUGAUAGAAGAUCCCGUCACUGGCGAGCACCACCAUCCUGCAGUACACUACAUCUUCGCUGAUGAUGAUCCUGACAUCCUCACAAAUGCCGCUCUACAUGCUCUGCACACCGACUCGGACGAGACGGCCAGCACGAACGAACGAUUCGUGGUAGUAGACAUGAGUGCAGAUGGGCGCGAAGUUCUAUCGACUGCUUCACUAUCCUCAAGAUGGCAAGACGUCAAGAGCAACAUCAAGCAGGCUCCGUCGUGGGGCAAUAACAGCUUGAAUACGCAGCAGAUGCUUUGCAUAUCUGGCCGAGAACCGGCGCUCUGGCAGCGCACACGCGACUUGCAGAGGAGGAAGGGAGACGUGUCGGCGCUGAUCAAAGCACUUGAUGAGACGCAAGCUGAGCUAGAGAGCGUGGUUGGCCGUCCCUCGCUUGCUACGGCAUCGUAG